AGCAGGAGUUGGACAAGGAGGAGGCCCAGACACCCCUCAGCCCCGUUUCUCCUCAGCCCUUCCCACUUAUCUCCCUGUCCAAUGCCAGCUUAGUGGGGCUGAUUCUGCCUUCUUCUUGCGGGAAGCCAAUCAGGAGGUAAUGAGAAACGGCAGCCUAUCACAGCGGACCGAGCCAUUCUUCCUCCACCAGCUGGAACCGGGAGUCGACGCCCCACAAUCCCUGCCCAGCGUCAACUGCAGCUACGGAAACAUGAGCAUCGAACAGCCAAUCCCAGUGGAUCUGCUUCAGGGGCCGCAGCCUCAUCUGCUGCCCACAACCAACCAUGUGACUCUGAAUUGGAAGGUCAAAGGGCAAGUUGUGAUGCCCAAAGUGGGUUCAACAAGGCCUUGGAUACAGGUUCUCUUUUACCUGGUGGGAAGGCGCUGGGACGAGCCUGACCCACCUCCCCCAGCUCUCCUCCCAUGUGUCAGAGCCUUAGCCAUCCGGGACACCAGCGAGUUGGCACCCUCGGCGGGCUGCCGACUCAUGGGACCAUCUGGUAUGUGUGUGGUCCGUCUGGAGAUUCCCCCAGCUUGGUUUACACCCCCACAAGUGAGAAAGAGACCUCCUGAAGUGACUCUGCCAUCAGUGGAUGUGUAUUACUCGAUCAUACCAGUGGAAGGCGCCGGUCAGGAGUGUCCCUCUAUUGUUAACGAGCCGUGGAAAGGUCAGAGUGCAAAUAUUGGCCCUCUUGGAGCUCUGGGAUUGGGCCCUGGGGGACAGUGGAGCCCCCUGGUGGAUGGGGGUCUUCAGGACAUGCAGAAAGCUGGCUCUGUUGCCAUGACCAUCGGCCCGGUUUCAGCCAAAGGUGAAAAACUGAGACUGGAUGAAAAUGUUGAGGUUUUGGUGCCACCCAGCCCGGUGCGACUCGGCAAGACGGUGGCGUUUGGUGUCUACAUGAAGACGGAUUCAAACACGGAGCAGUUUACAUUAAGGGUGUGGUUCCAGUCAGGCAUCAACUUCCUGGCGGUGAAACCCAGCAACCUGGUGGCGUGGGAGAUCAAACAGGAAAUGGCGCCAGGAAGCAGUUCAUUGGCGGUGAUGUGUCAGAGAAAGGCAUACUCCACGGCAGAGAGCUACAGAUUGGAAAGUCCGUCAUAUGAGGUGAUGCAGCUGGAAUUCGAGGUGGAUAACGUCAUCAACCUGGUCCCAACACAGACUCUACACUGGAACGUUGAGUACUCAACAGGCUCACAGACAGCCUCCAGGCAGACAGAGAAAGUCUCACACCUCUACAUCAGCAACGCUGACAUACAGGGCAUCGUACCCCUGGCUGAGUUUCAGGCCACACUGGAGUAG